UCUAUUAACUGGAAUUUCGGUGUACAGUCUUCGAAUAUACUUUCAAGGAUCGCUACUCAUCAGGAGCGUAAAAGAAAUGGACGUACAGGAUGAAGAAAUUGUAAUCAGCGGUAUUAACGGAUGUUUCCCCAAUUGUGAUUCCGUGAAACAAUUGAGAGAAAGUCUGUUCAAUAAGGUGGAUCUUAUAUCCGAUGAUGACAGGCGAUGGAAACACACUCACCCAGAAAUACCACAACGGUCUGGGAAAAUGAACCAUAUCAACAAGUUCGAUGCCUCUUUCUUUGGAGUGCAUUAUAAGGAGGCUCACUCUAUGGAUCCCGGUGGCAGGAUCCUAUUAGAAAAGACUUAUGAAUGUUUAAUCGAUGCAGGUAUCAACCCAAAAGAACUGCAAAACACAAGAACUGGUGUGUUUGUUGGUGAAUGUUUUACAGAAUCAGAAAAACAAUUUAUAUAUGAUAUGAUGCAAGUUAAUGAACAUGGGUUUACUGGAUGUUCGCGCUCUAUGUUAGCAAGUCGUGUUGCCAACUGGCUGGGAGUCAUAGGUCCUGCCUACAAUGUGGACACUGCUUGCUCCAGCUCUCUCUAUGCCAUGGACCAUGCACUGAAGUCCAUCCGCGAAGGUCUCUGCGAUGCUGCUUUAGUCUGCGGAGUGAACCUUUGUUUGAACCCUCACAUCACAUUACAAGCUGCAAGGCUGGGAGUGUUGUCACCCGACGGUCGUUGCAACAGUUUCUCUGAAGAUGCGAACGGAUAUGUUCGAUCAGAAGCUGUCGUAGUUUGUUUACUGCAAAAAGCGAAACAUGCAAGAAGAGCCCAUUGCCAAGUAAUUCACGUGAAAACCAAUUGCGACGGUUAUAAAGACAAGGGUAUCACAUAUCCGUCUGGUCAGGUGCAGAGACAACUUUUGCAAGACUUCUACAAUGAAUGUGGAGUAUCCCCUUCCUCAGUAGAGUUUGUAGAAGCACAUGGGACAGGUACAUUCGUAGGAGAUCCUGAAGAGCUUUCAGCUAUCGAUGGAAUCUUCUGCACGGGACGUUCCGAGCCACUACUUAUUGGUUCAGUCAAAUCCAACUUAGGUCAUACUGAGCCUUCGUCGGCCCUGUGUUCUAUUUCCAAGGUCAUAAUAGCUUAUAGCACUGGUUAUAUACCACCGAACAUAAACUUAAGUAGACCCCGCCAGAUAAAUGAAGGCUUACCUUGUGACGAUCUCCCACGGCUGGUGUGUGUGUCAGGUCGCACAGAGUCCGCUGUUGCCAGAAUACUCGACGAUUUGGAGUCACACCCUGUAGACGUAGACCAGGUCCGACUUUGGCACGCCAUCCACGAACAAGACAUUGCUGGUCAUAACUUUAGGGGAUUUGUACUAUUACAAUCGACAAAGUUGAAGAGUAUACCAAUAGCUCGUGAUGUUCAACACAUAUGGUUCAUAAACAGACCUGUCGAGUUCUUAUAUUCUAACGUAGAGGUUGAUUGGCAUAGAAUGGCGAGUCAACUUCUGAAGAUACGCCCAUUUGCUACAGCUAUAAGCAGAUGUGAAAAACCUUUAGCAUCUAAAGGCAUCAAUUUGGUCGACAUUAUUUCGAAACCUUUUAAGCAGAAUGAAGAUCGCAUAUUACUUUCGCUAGUUGGGACUAUUGCACUUCAAAUAGGUUUGACGGAAGUUCUAAGAAAUUUAAGUAUAGAGCCAGAUUUAUUUGCUGGGCAUGGUUUUGGGGAGCUUUGUUGCGCCUACGCCGACGAUUGCUUGACCAUUGAAGAAACCAUCAAGGUUGCUUAUGAUUUAGGCGAACAUUUUGAAGCAAUAAUUAAACAGAGAUCAAUAUUCUUGGUAAAACUCUGUUAUGAACAGGUCCAUCUCAUAUGCCCCGCUACAGUUACCGUCGCGUACCACAAUAAUCCUGACGACUGUACUAUUAGCGGCCUUACCAACGACGUUGCAAGUUUCGUCACUGUUUUAAAGUCAAAAGAAAUUAUGGCUAAAGAGUUAUCUAAAAUUAAUAUUGCGAAUUCUCCAGCUCAUUUCAAAAAUACCGGAUUUUUUAAAGAAUUAAGAGAGAAGUUACAAUCCGUUGCUUUGCAUCGCUCACAGCGUUGGGUGACACAAGCAUCGCCACAAGAGGGUGCUCAGAAUGGGAAUACGAAAUAUGAUACAAAUGUCAAACUGUCCACCAAUAUGGGACUUCAAAACGCUAUUUUAAUAGAAUUUUCUGAGACAAUGCCUACAAUUCCCAAACCCAAGACAAAUGUCAUUAUAUCUUUAAGCAGCACAAAAGACGAUUAUUUGACAACGUUUUUGACAUCAUUGGGGAAGCUUUUUGAAGUUGGAUUGAAUCCCCGCUUGGCGAACAUCUACCCUCAUGUUGCAUUUCCUGUAGCACAGAGUACACCAAUGUUAGCACAUCUAAUAGAAUGGCAACAUAGUGAAGAUUGGUUUGUGUGUUCAAUCAAGCCAGUACAACCCCUGAAAAUAUCCGAAAGAUUAGUAAGAUUUUCUCUUCAAGACGAAAACAAGGAAUUCAUUGCUGGACAUUUGAUUGAUGGUCGUAUCAUAAUUCCUGCGACUAAUUAUAUCGUUAUGGUUUGGGAAACAUUGGCAAUGAAAUCUGAGCGUCAAUAUACUGAAGUAUCUGUUGUAUUUGAAAAUGUUUGCAUGCAUAGAGACCCGACUGUAUCCCUGAAUGACGAAAUAGAAUUUAUUGUCACGAUACAUGACGGCAGUGGUCACUUUGAGAUUACAGAAAAAGGCGAACUGGUCGCAACAGGCCGCGUAUAUGAGAAAAAAAAUAUAGCCAAGGAUUAUCGUGUAGUACCUCUAGCGCCCCGGACAGAAAAAAAUACACCUGAUGCCAAGCCGAUGACUUUAAAAGACUGCACCAAAGAACUUAAUCUGAGAGGAUAUCGAUCCACAGGUGCAUUUCACGGCGUUUUGGAGUGCAGUAUAGACGGUAGCCGUGGGAGUCUGCUGUGGGAAGGCAACUGGGUCACCUUUCUUGACACCAUGUUACACUUCCAGCUGAUCGUCUCUGAUACCCGCGCCCUUUACGUGCCCACCAGAUUCGAUGAACUUUCCAUAGAUGUUGAUCGGCAUAAUGACAUAAUAGCUAAAAUGGACCCGAAGCUACCUGAGAAAUCGAUUGAAUGCCUCUUAUAUCAAGCAGCUGAUAUAAUACGAGCGGGUGGAGUCCAAAUUAUUGGUAAACAUGUGGUAAGUUUAUCAAAGAAAUCUGCGCUUGGAAUACCUGUAUAUGAAAGGAAUGAAUUUGUUCCUAACUAUAACAUGAAUAUUAUGAAAAUGGAAGAUAUACUCCGUGUUAAUCUACAACUUAUUCUUGAAACGGUCCUGGCAUACAAAUUCAAAACUAUAGAAAUAAUUGAUGAAGAGUAUAAUAUAAAUGGAUUAGAUCCAGUCAUUGAAUUAGUUGAUAGUAUUCUUGGAGAUCUACCUUUGGUACAAGCUGAACUUAUUGUAUUUACGAAAAAAUCACUAAAACUAAAUGAUAAAGUUACAGUUUCCAACAAAAGCCUAUCUGAGGAGACAAACACUACUUUAUUCAUAGGAGCUAAUCUGUUAACCAGGCUGAAUGUUCUCCAAGAAGCUGCAUCAACUCUAAAAGAGAAAUGCUUUAUAUUAAGUCGUGAGAAAUCACCACCACCACAUCACAUUCAUAAAGAGUACGAUAUUGUGACAUAUUACAAUUCGGAGUCUGAAUGCUUCGUUCUGUUAAGAAAAAAAUUGAUAAACAGAAUUAAGAAGUAUAUCAAAAUAACAACUGAAGAUGAAACAUUUUCUUGGAUUAAAAAAGUGAAAGAAGUAAUGAGAGAGGGACAUAAUGUUGUUUUGUACAAUGAAAAUGAACCUGUCAACGGUUUGCUGGGUUUAGUUAAUUGCUUGAGGCAGGAACCUGGCGGAGAUGUUGUAACUGGUGUUUUAAUAAGCGAUCCAACAGCACCUGGCUUUGACCCUAACUUACAAUUUUACAAAGAACAGCUAGACAAAGAAUUGCCUAUCAAUGUAUACUUAAAUGGCAAAUGGGGUACAUAUCGCCAUUUACUUAUAAGAGAUCUACACAAAAAGGUUUCAGCAAGUCAUGCGUUUGUCAAUGUCAAAAUUAUCGGAGAUUUGUCUUCGUUGAGUUGGUGGGAAGGCCCGUUUACAGAAACUGAAGUAUUUGAAGACCCGAUGGACGUACUUAUACAUGUGUACUACUCUGCACUGAACUUCGGAGACGUAAUGACGGCAAUGGGUCGAGUUAGUGUGGACGCAGUGUCUCGAGGUCGUAUUCAACAAGAGUAUGUGCAGGGCAUUGAAGUGGCUGGUAAAACUAGCAACGGAAAUCGUGUCAUGGCGAUAUGCCUUUCCGGAAUCAGCACUUUAGUCAAGACGUUGAGCUCUGUGACAUAUAGUAUUCCCGAUGAAUGGACUCUUGAAGAAGCAGCUACUGUGCCUGUGGCUUAUGCCACUGCAUAUCUAUCUUUGGUAUUAAUGGGCAAAAUGCGUCAUGGAGAGUCAGUGCUAGUUCAUGCUGGUUCCGGCGGCGUGGGCCAGGCGGCCAUUAAUGUGGCUCUACAUCAUGGGCUGGAGGUGUUCACCACUGUCGGCACGCCUGCCAAGAAGGCUUUCAUUAAAAGACUUUUCCCACAACUUAAAGACAGUCACAUAGGAAACUCAAGAGAUACGUCUUUCGAGGAAUUGGUUCUCCGUGUGACAAACGGUAGGGGCGUUGACCUUGUUCUCAACUCAUUGUCAGAUGAUAAACUUCAGGCCUCAGUUAAUUGUCUAGCACGUGGUGGUCGGUUCCUUGAAAUAGGCAAGUACGAUAUCGGCCUCAACACAGAACUUCAGAUGUGUUUCAUAAAGAAAGAAGCUUCGUUUCACGGCGUUAUGUUAGACUAUAUUUCUGACAAGCAGAGUAGCAAUAUAAGAAAAAAUCUUCAAACGCUUAUUAUUGGUGGUAUCGCAAGUGGAGCUGUGCGGCCUCUGACUUACUAUACAUUUGAAACAGACGAGGUUGAACCGGCCUACAGAUUUAUGGCAGCAGGCAAACAUAUUGGCAAAGUUCUUAUCAAGAUUCGUGAUGAAAACUCAAAUGUAAAAAUGACGAAACCAAUAAGCACAGUCGUAGAAGCCUCACCUAGGUACUGGUGUAGCAGGCAUCAUACCUAUCUAUUAGUUGGUGGGCUGGGAGGUUUUGGUAUGGAACUAGCGGACUGGCUAGUUCUAAGAGGUGCACGAAAACUAAUGCUUACAACCCGAAGAGGUAUCUCUAAUGGAUAUCAAUCGCGCAGAAUCAGGAUAUGGGAGAGCUACGGGGUUGAGGUACGAAUAUCGACUCACGAUGUUACAAAAGAAGAAGAUUGCAUAGAAAUGCUCAAAGAAGCUUGUCUAAUGGGACCAGUAAAAGCUGUUUUUAAUCUUGCGGUAGUACUUAAUGACGCAGUAUUCGAAAAUCAGGAUUCUUUAACAUUUAAGACGUCAUUUGAUCCAAAAGCUAAGGCUACGAUGAACUUAGACAAGUUGACAAGAACCAUGUGCCCUGAACUAAAAGAUUUUGUAGUAUUUUCUUCUUUCUCUUGCGGGCGUGGUAAUGCUGGCCAGACCAAUUAUGGAUAUGCUAACUCCGUGAUGGAAAGAAUCUGUGAGAUCAGACUAAAAAUGGGCUAUCCAGCACUGGCGAUUCAGUGGGGAGCAAUUGGAGACGUGGGUUUGGUAGCAGAUACGCAAACAGAGAAUGUUCAAAUCGAACUUGGAGGCACUCUUCAGCAGAGGAUUACAUCAUGUUUGGAGUCCCUAGAUUUGUUCCUGAAACAGAAAGCUCCAAUCGUGUCGUCCAUCGUGGUAGCAGAGAAGAGAACCACGAACACUGGCGGGACAAGUGUUCUGGACGCUGUUGCACGAAUUAUGAGUAUGGCUGAUAUACGCACCGUUUCCAAGAAUGUGCCGCUUAGUGAUCUAGGCAUGGAUAGUAUGUCAGCUGUUGAAAUCAAACUAACGCUGGAACGAGAAUUUGAACUUUUCCUUUCUGCUCAAGAAAUAAGAAUGUUAACUCUUGCAAGCCUAACAGAAUUGUUAACACAAUCAACAAACGACGAGAGCUCAAAACCUACGACCAAAGUAACCAAUACUAUAGUCCCUUCUGGUCUAGAGUUACUCAUGAGGAACUUUGGCAGUGAAGAACAAGCUUCGGAGCCUUUUGUUUACCUACCUACUAAGGAGCAAGAAACGCUAGAUUCUCGCAAUGUGAUAUACAUGCUACCGGGUGUGGAAAGUUGCGCAAGCGUUCUAGAACCACUCUGUCAAAAACUAAAUUCGAAAGCUUGUGUAAUGCAACUCGGUCUGGACCACAACGAUGAAGACUUGCAACAAAUGGCUGACAGGCUAUAUACGACGGUUAAAGAUCGUUUAUUGCCUCAACAGUCUUUCUGUUUACUCGGAUACAGUUUUGGAUGUCUCCCCAUUUUACAAUUAGCGGCAAUGUUAGAAGACGAAGGAUACAAAGGCGUCGUCUUCUGUUUGGAUGGUUCACCAGACUAUAUUCAUUCUUUUUUAACCAACAUAAUGAAUUUCAAUGACGACUUUACUGUUGAAAACCAUCUUAUAAUUCAUACUGUUAACAUAUUGCUACCGAAAAAUUCUACCAUAAUACCACAAUUGAUUAAAAAGCUUAAAACCAUUGAGUCAUAUGACGAUAGAAUCAGGUGCGCUAUUGAAAUGUGUCCUAAAGACCUAAAAUACACUGAGAAGUUUAUUACUGAAAUGAGCAAAGCUAUAAUAAACCGCCUCAAAGUAGGAUAUAACCAUAAUAAAAUGAAUAAAAAACUGAAAUCUCCAAUAGUACUUCUACGACCAAAAAUUAAUCCUUCAUAUAUCAAUUGCUCUGACAGCUAUGGUUUAGAAAAUGUAACAGAAAACACUGUAUCUGUACAUUGUAUAGAAGCAGACCAUAUAAGUAUUGUUGACAACGUUCACACAGCAGAAAUAAUAAACUCUGUCAUAGCAAGUAAUAGGCUGGACAAAAUAAUGUAACUGUAGUUGAUAAAAACUUGUAGCUUGUUGUUUCCUAUCUUAUUUUUAUCUCGUAUGUAGAUAAACGAUUACUGUUACAAAAUCAUGAUUUAAAAAAAAUGUUGUUA